CCGAAGGAGGGGAAAAGUUGACCAGAAGAAAGGAAAGCAGUGGAAGCGGGGCCCCGGACGUCGCGAGAGUGUGCCCCCCUGCCCUCCUCAGAUAGACCAUCCCCGGAGGGACCGGGGGGUUCCCUGUGCCUUUCCAUGGAACUGGUGCGCCGAGGGAGUCUCGGGGGACGAAUCUGACGGAACCUCCUGACGCUUCUUGGCCAAAGGAUGAAGGCCCUCUCUGGAUGCUGCUGCUGCCGCUUGCAUGUGCUCUGGGCUGCUGUGGCGACGUCCAUGACCAUUGGCUUCACCAUCCAGCUCUUAGGGGUCUCCUUCCAGAAGAGGGCUUCUUUGUCUCGACUUCUCCCAGCCAGAGCUGAGGCCACCACAGCAGAGGGAGACCCACCCAACCGGACUCUCCUAUGUCAGCCACGGCAACACCUGGUCUUCCUGAAGACUCACAAGACAGGAAGCAGCACCAUCAUCAACAUAUUGCACCGCUAUGGGGAAGAACACGCCCUGCGCUUUGCUCUCCCUGCCCGUUACCAGUUCAGCUACCCUAAUCUUUUCCAGGCUCGGAAGGUGAAAGGUUGGCACCCCAGGGGACGUCCCUUCGACAUCCUUUGUCAUCAUAUGCGCUUCAACUUGCUUGAGGUCCAGAAGGUGAUGCACUCUGACAGCUUCUACUUCUCCAUUGUGCGGGACCCCGUUUCCCUGGCUGAAUCGGCCUUCUCCUACUAUCGAGGCGUGGCCCCUGCUUUCCGUCGUGCUGGCUCUCUGGCAGAAUUUCUAGCCUCCCCACAGCGAUUUUACAGGUUUGGUGAGCGAGGCAACCACUAUGCCCGCAAUCUGCUCUGGUUUGACUUUGGUCUUGAUCCGCCAGCAGUUCCAGGGUUGGCCCCUAUCAAGGACGCCCUGUUGGAACUGCAGCGAGUUUUCCAUCUUGUACUGCUGAUGGAAUACAUGGAUGAGUCUCUGAUCCUGCUACGUGAUGCUCUUUGCUGGAGCCUCGAAGACGUGGUGGCCUUCCGACAGAACCUCCGCAGCCCACAGGCUGUGCGCACCUUGGAGCCUUCUGAUGCUGUUCGACUCCGGGCGUGGAACAACCUGGACUGGCAGCUGUAUACACAUUUCAACCAGACUUUCUGGGCACGUGUGAACCACUUUGGCCGUGCCCGCAUGGCUGAGGAAGUGACUCUUCUCCAAAAGCGCCAGGCAGAGCUCAUGCAACAUUGCCUUCAGGGCGGGGGGCCGCUGGAGCCUGGCCACAUCACUGAUGAGCGCAUCCGUCCCUUCCAGUUUGGGCAAGCACCAAUCCUGGGCUAUGCCCUGCGGCCCAGCCUAGACCCUAAAGCCCGGGAGAUGUGCCAGCGCAUGGUUACCCCUGAACUACAGUACAAGGACAUACUAGAUGCCAAGCAGUUCCCCCCACUCCCACCAAGCAAUCGGUCUCAGAGUGGACUGAGAUAACCAGGAAUGGCCCAGGGCCUCAGUGGGUGGCAUAAAAAAUGCCAGUUCUGCAACGGCUUGUGCAUGGUUGGGGAGAGGGGCUUCGACUACUGGCUCUUGACCGUAUUGUAUUGUUUGAAGCACUCAGGAGAGGACUAUGCACUGGAUGCAUACACAGCUGGGGAGGGUAGAAUAUGAGAUGUUCCAUCCAAUCAGCUUUUGCUAACUUUUUCACAUUUUGACUUUUUAAAAAGUCAGAUCUGAGGAGGCUGAAAAGAGUGCUAGAAAUAUUUAGAUCCAGAAAACAGCAACAACAUUUAGUUAGGUAAAGGUAAAGGUUCCCCUUGACAAUUUGUCCAGUCAUG